GCUGUUGACUACAAUAUAAGGAAGUCUUCAUACUUCUUUCUAUUCUAUAUGGACUAUAGUUACACACAGUAUUUAACGCAUAUUUCUUAACUUACCUAUUUUUAAUUUGUUAAAAUUUUAGCUUAUGAAAUUAUAUGAAACAUUAAAAAAGAAUUGAGAAAGUAAUUUGUAAAAUAAAGGAUUUAAUUAAAAUUAGUCUUACUAUAAUUUUCAAGGCUGAGAAAGAGACCAAACUAUGGGUCAAUGCAAUGGUCAAUGGUCAUAGUCAUGUCAAUGUCAUGGAUACUUAAACUUAAACUUAAUUUAAAUUAAUUAAUUAAUUAAUGGCUAUUAAAGUUAACUUAUGUUUACAUUUUUCAUUUGCCUUUGAUUUACACGUAUAUUUUUUUAUAUUCGGUUAUAUUAUAUAUUUAGGAUAUAUUUAAUAUAUUAUACAGUCUAAGUCUAUACUACUUAAUCCUACUAAGCCUACUACUAUAUGAGUAUGGUGGGUCAAAAAGGCGACCAUCCCAGGUGGAACAUGUUACAUGUAUUAAAAUUAAAAACUUAAAAUGGACUUAUUUCACUUAUUCAUUAUUCAUUACUAUAUUAUAAGUACUAUAAGUCAUAAUAAGUAUUUAUUAAUUUAGGCAUUUUUUAUAUAAUAUAGCGCUUACCUUAAAUUCUUAAACUUAAAGCUCUAAGCGCUUUACAAUUAUUAAAAACAUGUAAACUAAGUAAAAUAAAAAAUGAGACACUAGGAUAGUAACUGCUAUACUAUAGAAACAAUUGUGUAUACCACAAAUUUGAAUUUUUUUUGUUGUUUUUUUAAGCUUUUUAACUUUACACUUUAGUUCAUAAAAUAAUACAUAUAUUGUCAUUUGAUGCCAACCAAAUACUGAUAUUAUUACUGUAGACUAGGAAGUAGUACAAAGUGUAAACGACAACAAUAAGAUUAUCCUAAAGUAAUAUUAAUAAUUAUUAAUAUAGAAUAAAGGCAGGAUAAAUAAAUCUUUAUUUUAAUUUUUUUUUAUUAAAACCAAUAUGAUCAAAUAAUGUUCCUAAUUGCCUAAAUAGGGCAAUUGGCCUAACUGAGAUGUAUGGUAAGCCUAAUAAAAUUAUUUAAUAUGAAUAUGCUAUUUCAGAGUUGACAGAAUGGNAGGAAGUAGUACAAAGUGUAAACGACAACAAUAAGAUUAUCCUAAAGUAAUAUUAAUAAUUAUUAAUAUAGAAUAAAGGCAGGAUAAAUAAAUCUUUAUUUUAAUUUUUUUUUAUUAAAACCAAUAUGAUCAAAUAAUGUUCCUAAUUGCCUAAAUAGGGCAAUUGGCCUAACUGAGAUGUAUGGUAAGCCUAAUAAAAUUAUUUAAUAUGAAUAUGCUAUUUCAGAGUUGACAGAAUGGGCUCUCGUCUGAUUCCAGUCAAGAUGCGACAAAUUAUUGCCAAAAAACUUGGCUCAAAUUUCCGUGACGUUACUGAAAUAGUUGAAACUGCUGUGCCUUCUCCAGGCCCAAACGAAAUUCUUGUGAAAAAUAGGUAUUUUAAAUUAACUUACUUGACUCAGUGUCAAUAAACUAAAAGAUGAUAUGGAGGCAUAUAGGCUAAUAGACAUGAUUUUAGCCCAUAGCUAUAGUGUUAAAUCAGCUCUAGCUAUAUCCAGGUUAUUAGUCUUACUAACAUUGUGUCAAAUGGUCAGCAAGGUGCAUUCUGAAUCUGAAACAUAACAAAGUAAUGUACCGUAAAAAAAAAUGUGUAUAUGCUUGUUUGAGUUUCCAAAAAUUUCCAACUGAGAACUGCAUAGAAAGUAAUUAAUUCUCUGUAAAAGUUUUACUAUGUGUGAAGAUUUGUUGUUUGUAACUGCAUUUUUAAAUUUAUUUUACACAGAUUUCUUGGUAUCAACGCUUCAGAUAUUAAUUACACCUCUGGUAGAUAUGACCCUACACGUAAACCCCCAUUUCCAGUUGGAUUUGAGGUAUUAUUUUUAAUAGAUCUAAUAAUAAAUUCAUAAGAGCUUAACAAUAAAAAAACUGUCAUGUGAUAUUUGGAUUGUGCUUUUUCCUAAAUUAAAGUAUCUUUAAAUAAAAACAUGAUAUUUCAUUAUACAAUUUUUCAGGCCAUUGGAGAGGUAGUCACGGCUGGACCUGAAGCAAAAACAAAAGUUGGACAGAAUGUUGUAUAUUCCAAAUUUGGAUGCUUUAAAGACUAUGAAGUGAGUGACUAUGAUACACAUUUAACCAUUCAUCCCUGUGGCACUACAGCCCAUGUACAGCAUGCCUCACCACAUCCUUCCACUCGGAUCUAACUGAUGCUUUUCUUUUCCAUGCUUGGAUUCCCAGCUGCUGUAGAUCACUCUCCACAUCAUCCAUCCAUCUCAGCCUAGGUAUGCCUUUGAGCCGUUUUCCUCUGGGGUUUUGGUGGUGCACCCUCUUUACUCCUCUAUCAUUUGCAUUCUUUCUAAGUGUCCAGCCUGGAUAGCCUGCCCUUUUUUAUUUUUGGUACUAGUGUGGAAUCCUGAUAUAGACUAUGCAAUUGCUGGUUGGUUCGUAUUCUCCAUCCAUAUUCAUCCAAUGUACACAUUUGAUAAAUGAACCAAAAAUAUAAAUAUUUCCUACUGCACCAAUAAGUUUACAAUGUAACUUAAUUUAGAAAGAUCAUUUUCAGCCGCAUAUCAUGAUAACAAUAUCCAAUACUCUACACACAAUUCAUUUCAAAAUACUUCAAAAAUAUAAAUAUUUCCUACUGCACCAAUAAGUUUACAAUGUAACUUAAUUUAGAAAGAUCAUUUUCAGCCGCAUAUCAUGAUAACAAUAUCCAAUACUCUACACACAAUUCAUUUCAAAAUACUUCCCAAUAAUGAAUGAGUACAUUUUCUGUUUAAAAACUGAAAUAUAAUACAAUUGUAAUAAUUGAUGAAUAUAAUUAUCUUAUAAAAUGAAAUGUCUUAUAAAGAUGAUCAACAAAACAGAAAUAAAAAAAAAGGAGGGUGAUGGAAAUCCUUUUGAGAAUUGAACCCCCAUCCAUUUGAAUGGCUGGCUUCUUUACCAAAUGACCAUAAAACAACGUAUAUUGCUAGGAAUUAGACACAAAUUAAAUAGACAAAAAUUGUAUACCCAAACUAUCUACCAAACUAUCAAUUUAGAACUAUAAUUGUUUAUUAAUAUUUUGUCUAAAUGAAAAUUAGAUUUUAAGGUCAUGGUUUGUUUUAUGAAUGUUUCAUUAUAAGGUUAUCCCUCACCUUGACUGAAAACAAAACCCCCAUCCCUAGGGAAAUAAAAGUCGGAUAAGGCCACUUUCGAUUUUGUCCUGGACCACUCCAUUCACCACUAACAAUGUCUAUAUCAAGUCAUUUUGAGAACAUGGGCUAAGGCACAGCUUAAAAAUAAAUAUUUUUUUACCAAAAAAAUUGAAAAAGCUAAAAAAAACUAAUCUCAAUGAAAAAAAAUAUAGAUGUCCAGAUUUAUGUUAGUCAAAUAUUAUUUAAAAUUUUUUUGACUAUAUUGUUUCUAAGCUUUUUAUAUUCUAAAUGACUUAACCUCUUUGUUGUUAAAGGUUGUUGAUGACAAAUCUGUUAUGCCAAUCCCAACAAGUGAUCCAGCUUAUCUAACCUUUAUGGUUAGUGGAUUGACAGCCUCUAUAGCAUUGGAGAAGGUAAGAAAAAAAAGUGGAUUGACAGCCUCUUUAGCAUUGGAGAAGGUCAGAAAUACAGUGGAUUGACAGACUCUAGCAGUGAAGAAGGUAAGAAAUAAAGUGGAUUGAAAGCCUCUUUAGCAUUGGAGAAGGUAGGAAAUACAGUUGAUUGACAGACUCUAUAGCAGUGGAGAAGGUAAGAGAUAAAGUCGACUGACAGCGUCUAUAGCAUUGGAGAAGGUAAGAAAUAAAUUGGAUUGACAGACUGUAUAGCAGUGGAGAAGGUAAGAAAUAAUGUGGAUUGACAGCAUCUAUAGCAUUGGAGAAGGUAAGAAAUAAAGUGGAUUAACAGACUCUAUAGCACCGGAGAAGGUAAGAAAAAAAGGGAAUUGAAGCUUCUAUAGCAUUGGAAAAGGUAAGAAAUAAAGUGGAUUGACAGAUUCUAUAGCAUUGAAGAAGGUAAGAAAUAAAGUAGAUUGACAGCCUCUAUAGAAGUGGUUCGCAACCCGUGGGUCGCAACCCCUUUGGGGGUCCAAUGACCCCUUUACACUGGUCCCCCUAGUCCAUUGGAAAACGCAUAUACUCUACAGUUGUGAAGUAGCAACGAAAAUAAUUUUAUGGUUGGGGGUCACCACAACAUGAGGAACAGUAUUAAAGGGUGGCGGCAUUAAGAAGGUUGAGAACCACUGAUCUCUGGCAUUGGAGAAGGUAGGAUUUAAAGUGGAUUGACAGCGUUUUCAUCAUUGGAGAUGGUAGGAAGUAAAUAAAUAUUUUGACAUUAUGUUUAAAGAAUUAAUAUGGUUUCUUUAAUUUGUAAUAUUUUAAAGAACUAAAAGGUAGGCUCAUUUAAAAAGUAUUAUUCAAUAAAUCUGUUGAGUUCUUUUUAUAAUCAUGGUAUUUUAGAAAUGCAAUUAUCUGCAAUAUAAUAUGACAUAUAGAAUAAUCAAUUGAGACUAAAUAUUUUACCAAGAAAGUUAUAGAUUGGAAGAAAAUGUUUUAUUUACUAAAGCCAUUAUAUACAACUAUUGUAUAAGGAAUUGAUAAAUAAAAUUAUUAGAAUUUGUAGUAUUGCAACAUAGUCUGACGAUGCUACUAUUAGUUAAAUAAACACAUUUUUUAUUUUUUUAUUAAAGAUUUUCAAUAAUAAUAAGAAACAUUAUAAAAAUAUUUUUGUUAUAAGAUAGUUUCUCAUUAUCCAGCAAUGACUUUAUCUUACAUUCUAAAAUUAUUAUUUUUUCUCAAGAAUGGAGAUCUUUUACCUGGAAAGACUGUGCUUGUUACAGGUGAGAAAAUUAAUUUAUUUUAUAAAUGCAUUAAUACCUAUGAUGCCAAAUCAUAAACAUCAGUUUCUAUCAAUAAUGGCCUUAUAGAUGUAGAUCAUCAUUCAGCUGCUAUAGCUUUAUAUAUAUAAAUAUUUAAAGGGUUUUAUAAUUUUCUUCACAAUGUAUGAAUGGGGUAGUGCCAUUAUGAAUUGAAAUGAUUUAAACAAUUUAAUGUACGAAAUUUCCUAUUUAUUAUUUUAAUUAGCUGCUGCUGGAGGAACAGGACAAUUUGCGGUAAGUUUUUCAAAGAAAUGUGUCAUGUUUUUGAUUUAUCAGAAUGUAUGAAAAUUAAUAAUUCAUCUUUAUACAGGGCAAAAGGCAAUGUUUUAAAGAUUUGUUAUAAUAAUUUGCUCAAGAUAUUUAUGUGUUAGUAGACUCCUGGUAAUAAAUAUCUGCUUAACGAUGUUGCAAGCUGCUUUAACUUAUGAAAUACUAUGCAAGAAAUUAAAUUUUGAAAUCAACGAUUUUUAAAGAUUUGAUCACAUUUAUAUUUUAACUAUAUUUAAGAUAAUGACAUCUCCAGGUUCAAAUAGCCAAACAGGCUGGCUGUCAUGUGAUUGGAACAUGUUCCAAUGAUGACAAGGCUCAGUUUCUCAAGGUAAACUAGGCCACUGUAGUUUUUUCAUUUAAAUAAGUUUUUGCACUGUUAACCCUUUGAACCUGCGAUCCUGCUUUAUCUAUCUGUGCAUUAACCCUUUACAGUACGAUGGGCCUGACAUAUGUCAAUUUUUUCCUUACGCCUACAGUCUGUUGCGGCCAAACCCGCCCAUUUUGAGGUUGUUUACUUUCAUUCUUAGCACAGCGGAAAUCCAUUGCGCAUUACUAUUUAUAGUUCUACCGGAAGAAAGCCUCUUUGUUGGCAUUUAUUUUGAUACUAUUUUGAACGCGGUGUGUUAAGGGCUCAUUUUCUACCAUUUUUUUAAAAAGUCAUGAUUUUUUCACUGUAAAAAAUGCCUUUCUAAGCCUUGGAUAAAAUUUUGAAAGAACUUAGGCCUAAUGAAGCUUCACUGUUUCAUAAAUCUAGCAGCGAUAGUGAAUAAUCUGAUAGAGGUAUUAAUUUAAAUGUUGCUACUAGUAAUAGUGAUUCAAGUGAAGAAGAUAAUAGUAAUAGUAGAGACAUCAAUGACAACGGACCUAUCAAUUCCACUCCAACUGAUCAGCAAGAUCAUGAAUGGUCAGGAAUUUUUCUCAAAUCAAAGUGGGAGGGCCCCCAAACUGUUUUUAGGUGCAAAUUUUGCUUUAAUCAUUUAUUUGUAUUUAGGUAUUUUUAAUUUUAUUUUCUUGCUUCUCGUUUAUUUUCUGUAAAUUAAUUUAGGAUAAAGAUCCUUCAUUUAAAAUGGAGUUAUGUCCCUUUGCUUGGUCGCUGGGAGCAGAAAAGGCUGAAUAGGUUUGGACUGUAAAGGGUUAAAAAUCCAUACCUACCUUAGAUCGACAAUCCGCAUAUAAUAUGUGUUGUAAAUACGGAGUUCAGGGUUUACCGUGUGACUUGCGAAAGGUCACAGUAAAGACUGCGCUCAUGGAUGCAUUGUUUUUAUUAUGUUUUAGUCAUGUUUAUCGAUGUUUAGAGGUGACGAAAAUACUAAAAACUGCUACUCUAAAGGACUCAAGCCAGAGUUUAGGUUUAUGAUAAUGUAAAUGAUUCAAAGGUUUAUUAUUGGGUUUUGAAAAAGGAUUGUAAUAAAGCAAAUAGACAAUGAUAGUGACGACUGAUUGACUUCAACUUCUAGUGCUAUUGAUGUGUGCUUUGGGAAUCAAAGAACCAACACCAGGUGUACCCUUAGUCCAAGCCAAGGCUUUUAUGAAAAAUCAGGGUCAUAUAAAUGAACUUUUACUACGCUAUUUUGCACCAUUUCUUAGACAAUUUUCUCCUUGUGAUACAUCUUAUAAUACUUAUGGACUACUAUCAGACAAAUUUAGGUUGAAACAUAUAAAAUAUAUUUAAUAUUAUAAUCUUUUGAUUUUGUUUGCUUGUGUGUCAGUUAGUGGAAUUUUUACCCAUGAGCCCAGGGGCAUGGGUAUUUUAGGACCAGGAGCCAAGGGUUCAAAGGGUUAAGUGAAUGCAAAAUGUUUUUCUGAACUUAACCUCUUUAUAAGAACGGUUAAAUUGUCCCAGUAAGUCUAAUUAGCGGUGAUCUAUAAUUCGAAUUAAAAAAAAACAAUAAUGAGUUUAAAUUAUUUGAUUAAAGCUUGUAUCCGUCGUUAGUGAAUGUUCAUUAUAAAGAAAAAAAAGAAAUUAUUAAGUCACUUCGGAAUUCACUAAUAUCACUAUUUUAUUUAAAUGUCUUCAUUAAAUUUUUAUUUACUGUGGCAUUAAGCAUCACUUUAAAUAGCUGAAAUGAAUUUUCAGUGCCCAAUCUUUUUCAUCCCCAGAGUAUUGGGUGUGAUCGGACAGUGAACUACAAGAAGGAAAACUUGACAGAUGUUUUAUCGAAAGAGUAUCCUGUAAUUAUGGACUUUUAAAAAAAUAAUUUUAUCACCGUCAUUAUGUGCAGUGCUGUUUGCUCUGACUAGUUACAAAUUCAUCAAAUUAUAGCUAUAUUUAGUUAAGAUGUAAGCAUACUAUUCAGAGGACACUUAUUCUUUCUCAAUUAUCUACUUAACAAAAUAUCUUAUUUUUAUUUAACAACAUCAUUAUGUGCUUCUUUUAAUUAAAUGCCUUUAUAAAUACAUUUAUUUUAUUUACUAAAGAAAGGAAUCAAUUAAUUUGUUAAAAUUCUUUUUUUUAAACUUCACAGAAAGGUGUAGACGUUGUGUAUGAAUCCGUUGGAAAUGAAAUGCUAGAUGCAGCAGUGAAAAAGUAAAGUCUGUAAUUAGAAAUAAUGUGUAAAAGUACAUGACCUCUUUUGAUGCCUUCUUACUAGAGUUUAACCGGGACAGUUUUUUUACACAACAUCUGGGUAUUUUGAGAAAAUACUUGGUGACUCCAGUUAACUUCACAUUUUCUGAAAGAAUAGGCCUACAGAUAGUCUACACCCUACCUGCCGCCUUUGAACAUUGGCCUACAGACAGUCCUACACCAUACCCGUGGCUCUUUAUUGAUUAAUGUAAUUGUGGCCUCCUUAAGGAAAAAAUUUAACCUUUUUACCUGAGUUGAAAGCUUUUUUUUUCACCCAGUACUAUUAAUAUAAAACAUGGGUAGGGGGAGGGCCGGUUGUGAAAAGUAAGCAGGACACACCAGUACCAAAAUAUAUAUAAGAGAUACUUAUAGUUGCAUUAUUUACAUUCCAGUUUGGCCAUCUUUGGUCGUAUCAUUGUGAUUGGAUCAAUUUCCAAUUAUGAGGGUGCAAAAAGUGAAGACUUCUCAACUAUGGAACAUUCUAGUAAAGUCAACAUUCCACUGUCAGUAAGUGGAUAAACAAUUUUGUUAGUGCUUAAUAAUAUAGAAAUGUGGAAACAAUUUCAUAUUCAUUUCUUUGAAUGUCUACAUAACAUAGAUCAGUCUUAAUAUGAAAAUUUUUUUUUUUUUCACUAUGUGAAUGACCCCAUGUUAUAUUAUAGUUAUAUAGUCAUAGUUAGCAUUACAUUUAUUGCUAAAUUUUAUUCUGGCAAUUCUGAUAAAAUCAGUAAAAGGAAUUUAUUUUUUAUAAAUAAUUCCCUACAAAACAAUAUCUCUAAAUUAUCUUAUUUCAACAAAACAUUGAGAUUGAAUUCUUAAAUUGCAUUACAAUUACAGUCACGCCUCAAAAUUUGUCAAUUUAAUACCAGAAAAGUUGAAUUAAGCAUCAAUUAACUACUCAACAACUCUAGAAUCUGAAUGUAACAAGUUGACAAUAUUAUUUCUCAUAAGCAAAACAACAACGAAAUCAUUAGAGAACCUAAUGGCUCCUUGUGUCAUUUAAAUUUAAUUUUGCUCACAGCUCCUCGCAAAAUCUGGCAGCCUCAUAGGUUUCUUCCUGCCACACGGUCGCAAGGAAUCAUCUCGUCAUCUCCAGCUGUUAACCUCCCAGUACCUUCAGGGGAAGCUGAAGGUGUUCACAGAUAAAGGUGUUGGUGUUCCAACUGGACCUUUCAUUGGACUGGAUAAAGUAGUGGAUGCUGUUGAGGUAAUUUUUAAAAAAAAAAUGAAUCCAAAAAAUUACAUGUCAUACACACAUUUUUAUUUAUCUUUGUAUGAUAAUAUCACUGAAUUCAAUCAUUAAAAAAAAAUACAUUAUUCGUGAGGCGCACAUGCCUAUUUCACGGACUUUCCCUUUCUCUUGGAAAACUUUCCCUAUUUUUGCAUAAUCUCAAAUAACUUUUCUCAACCUAUCAAUCAAAUGAAUGUUUGAAUAGCAAGUGAUAUGAAAUAGUUAUGAAGAAGCUAGAAUAUGUUUAGUUAUUGGUUUCAAAAUGUUCUAUUGUAAUAUAUCUAAAAGAUCCUCCAAAGUAUGGAAUGAAUUUCUGUUUUUCCAGUUUUGUUUUUUUUAACCUGUCAUUGAUUUAACUAUCUUUGAUUUACCUUUUGUUGAUUUACCUGUCAUUUAUCUGCCUGUGGUCAAUUUACCUGUCAUUGAUUUACCUGGUGCUGAUUUUUAUUCCAGUACAUGUACUCCCGAGGGAAUGUUGGGAAAGUCGUGGUUGAACUGAAUGAGAAAAGUGCACUGUGAAUAUAAUAUUUGAUGACAGUACCACAGUACCACACCACAACACACCUACUGAAAUGGCAGCUGAACAAAGCAAGAUUUACCUUGUGAUUUUUUCUCAUGUUUUCAAAAGUUUUGUUUACCUUUUCUCAAUAACGAGAGUCUCAAAAGGAUUUCAAUGACACCAUGUUGUUAAUUUUUGUGUAAUCAAAAAAUAAUUAUUUAAGAAAGUGUUCAAUUUGUUAGGUUUUUGUGUGUGAAACUUUGUGAAAAUUAGAAAAUAAUUUGAAAUUUAUGAUAUUUUUGUGUGUUUACAAACUGUAUAGUGGUAGCAGGAGAUACUAAGUUUGACUGAGAUACCAUGCAAUGUGGCACUUGGCUCAAGGUUUUAAUUUUAAAUGAUGUAUAUAUCACUUUUGUUUAAGGUAAUACAGAAGAAUAUUAACUUGACAUUUUAAAAAAUUUGAACGACCAUUGUGUUUUAAAAUUAUUCUUUAUCUCAUACCUGCAGUUAUAUUUCAGGAAAAUAUUCUCAUGUCAUUAAACAAUUGAAAUAUAA